AUGGAUGAUAAUUAUAGAGAUGAAUUUCAAGGAUCAGAGUCUGAAAUAGUGUAAAGGUCUGACUAGAUGUAAUUUAAGUGUAUACGCAUAUCGAUAGCUUUUUCGAUAUAUUUAAUAUUGCAAAUGUUAGCUCUUAGAAUAGAGUAUUAGAUAUAAUGGAUUUAUAUUGCAAUAGUUUUCAUAAUUUGUGACACUAUCAUAUGGAUCUUAAGUAGUAUAUGGUUAUGUACUGAACAUUUAUUUUACUAGUUUCAUAGCAAUAUCCAAGAAUAGCAAAAGUGUUUUUAGGAAUAGCUUAACAUUCCACUUUUGGACUCUUACCAAUUUUUAUCUUACUUAUUUGUUUGUAGUUGGAUAAUUAUAUUAAUUAGAAUUCUAUUCUUAUAGCAUUUCCAUUAUUUGUAUGGGAAAUCUUAUUGUUAUCAUUUUUAAUUUUCAUUAUUCCUGGAUUAUGUGAUGAUAAUCAUGGAUCAAAGAAAUGGGUAGCUGUAAUUAUAUUGUAUUACAUUGCAAUUAUUUAUACAGAAAUUGCCACACUAAUUCUAUUGCAAUUCCAUUUUAAUUGGUUUUGGGUAACAUCUUUACUUCUUUUUACAUUGUUAUACAACAUUAUUAUACUAAUAACCGACUGUACUAUUACUGUGAUAUGGCCAUGCAUUAUUUUAGCUAUUUGUAUAUUCUGUUUAAAUUAACUGACUUUUGUUUUGAAUGAUUUAAAUAAAGAUCAAAAUAAAUAAAUGCAAUAUCUGGCAAUUAUACCAUUAUGUGUGAUCAGUUUUAUUAAUUUCAUUAAACAAAUCAUAGUGUGA